AUGCCGAGGACACCGACGAUCCAGACGCCGGGCGACGGCGCCGCCGUCUCCUUCAAGAAGAGCCGCAACGAACUGAAGCGGGAGGCCCGCCGCACCGUGAAGUGGGGAAUGGACCUCGCCAAGUUCUCCCCGCCUCAGAUCAAGUGCAUCCUCAGUGCCGCGUCGCUGGAGCGCGAGGUGUUCGACACGCUCAUGCUCGUGAAGGUUCGUUCAUCCAUUCGUUUCCUCGACGAGAUUGUGGUGGACCACCGGAUUGGGGACGUUCACAUGUAA